GGAGCUCAUCCAGCCCCCAAGGCCACUCCCUCCAGUCUGGGCCCGGGACAAGCGCCCCAAGCGACAGCACCAGUUCCUCCGCUGACCAGGCCCGGCCACAGGAGAGGCGCGAGGCCCCAACCUGACCCCGCAGCUUGCAGGGGUGUCUGUCUACUCCACUCAAGUCUCUUGUCCUCCCCAGCCCUGUCCCGGGGCGCCCGACAGCAGCACGCCCCAAAACGUAGCUGAACCGAGGCCGCGCAGUCAAGUUCAGGGCUGUCCUGGUGGGUGACUGCUGAGGCAGGAGGCGCCCAUGUGUCGUGUUGGGACUGGGGACAAGCCGGGUCCGCUGGGAGUGGCACACGGAGGCUGCAGGAGAAGAAGCCGUGGCUUGUCGCUCACCCAGGGCCCGGAGCCGCCCAGCCCAAGGCCGGAAGAGGCGGCGCCGUGAUGUCACUUUCGGGGCGGUGGUGCAGGUCCCGCGCAUAGCACGCCCGGGUGUGUCCCACGUCCGUCAGCGUCCGUCCGGAGCGCCCAGCCGCGGCAGCCAGGCCGGGUCGGAGCAGCCCACCAUGGGAUGGGGAGGCGGUGGCAGCUGCACCCCGCGCCCACCCAUCCGCCAGCAGCCCGCGCCAGAGCGCCGCGUGGUCACCGUGGUCUUCCUGGGCCUCCUGCUGGACCUUCUGGCCUUCACUCUACUGCUGCCCCUGCUGCCCGGGCUGUUGGAGAGCCACGGCCGUGCCCACGACCCACUCUACAGCUCAUGGCAGCGAGGGGUGGACUGGUUUGCCACAGCCAUUGGGAUGCCAGUGGAGAAGAGAUACAACAGCGUCCUGUUUGGAGGUCUCAUUGGUUCGGCCUUCUCCAUCCUGCAGUUUCUCUCUGCACCAAUCACUGGGGCCAUCUCUGACCGCCUGGGGCGGCGCCCAGCAAUGCUGCUAUCCCUGACGGGUCUGGCUGCCUCGUAUGCCGUGUGGGCCACAUCUCGGAGUUUCAUGGCAUUCCUGGCCUCCAGGAUGAUUGGAGGCAUCAGCAAGGGUAAUGUGAGCCUCUCUACAGCCAUCAUCGCUGACCUGGGCUCCCCUCCGGCCCGCAGCCAAGGCAUGUGUGUGACCUGCUGUUCAUCUUCUGCUUCCUGCCAGAGACGCUGCCCCCGGAUAAGCGGGCACCCUCCAUUGCUCUGGGAUUCCGAGAUGCCACUGAUCUGCUCAGCCCCCUGGCUCUACUGCGCUUCUCAGCUGUGGCACGUGGCCAAGACCCGCCCACUGGAGACAGUAAGGAGCUGGCCCUCAGCAGCCACAGACAGGCUGGGCUCCCUAUGGCCCUGGCCCUCACUACCCCUUUUGCUCCCCAGGGCUCAGCAGCCUGCGCCGCCUGGGCCUGGUUUACUUCCUCUACCUCUUCCUGUUCUCGGGCCUGGAGUACUCACUGAGCUUCCUGGCACACCAGCGCUUCCAGUUCAGCAGCCUACAGCAGGGGAAAAUGUUUUUCUUCAUCGGCCUCACCAUGGCCACCAUCCAGGGUGCCUACACCCGGCGGAUCAGCCCUGGCAGGGAAGUCCAGGCCGUGAAACAGGCCAUCCUGCUGCUGGUGCCCGCUUUCCUCCUUGUUGGCUGGGGGCACACACUGCCCAUGCUGGGCCUAGGGCUGCUGCUCUACUCCUUCGCUGCCGCUGUCGUAGUGCCUUGCCUGUCCUCUGUGGUCGCUGGCUAUGGCUCGCCAGGGCAGAAGGGCACGGUCAUGGGUACACUACGGAGCCUGGGUGCUCUGGCCAGGGCUGCGGGGCCCAUGGUAGCUGCCUCAGUGUACUGGCUGGCCGGGGCCCAGGUCUGCUUCUCUGUGUGCUCUGGGCUCUUCCUGCUCCCCUUCUUCCUCCUGAGGACACUGGGGCAUCUGGCGGGUCCAGCUCAUAUGUUCAAGGCCGAGUAGCCGAGCUACUUCACCCCCGGGGCCCAGGGAGGCCAGGUGGCUCUCUGCAGCCUCGCCUCUUCUCACUCCUCUAGUGACUCCAAGGCUUUCAAGAUUUCUGUCCGCUGGUUUUUUAAUCAGUGGCGCAGGCCAUCCAGGUUUCUAAGUGACAAAAUAAAGCAGCUAUUUUGUA